AGGCUCCAAGACAUAAUUGUAUGCCCAACAUAAGCAAGAACAAUUAAUGUAUAUUCUCUCACAAGGUGAGAAGAUCCAGAGCUAAUUGUGUUGUGAGGCAACAAUGGCUACACUUUUCAAGCUCAUCUCCAUCUUCUUCAUCCUCCUCUCCGUCUUCACAACCCACGUCCUUUCUGCUUCAGACGAAUGUGGGAGCAAUUCUGGUGAGUGCAAUGACAAGGAGGGGGCAUUAACCCUCAAGAUUAUUGCCAUUUUCGCUAUUCUGGUAACUAGCAUGAUAGGUGUUUGCUUACCACUUGUAACGCGUUCAAUCCCGGCUCUAAGUCCCGAUCGGAGCCCUUUUGUGAUCGUUAAGGCUUUUGCCGCCGGGAUCAUACUAGCCACCGGAUUCAUGCACGUGUUACCGGACUCUUUUGACAUGUUAUCAUCUACCUGCUUACCCGAAACUCCAUGGCACAAGUUCCCUUUUACCGGUUUUGUUGCUAUGUUGUCUGCUAUAGUGACUCUAAUGGUGGACUCAAUGGCCACUACUAUAUAUAGUCAGAAAAACAAUGCUGGGAUUAAACCGGAGACUGAAGUUGUCCGGGGAGACCAAGAGACGGGUGCCAUGAGUUCCGGAAAUUUACAUGGAUUCCACCACCAUGGCCACGGGCCGACCACGAUUGGAAGUGUAGGCUCACAACUAUUACGUUAUCGUGUGGUCGCCAUGGUAUUAGAAAUGGGAAUUGUUGUUCAUUCAGUGGUGAUAGGGCUCUCAAUGGGAGCUUCAAACAACACUUGCACCAUAAAACCACUAGUGGCUGCUCUCUGCUUCCAUCAAAUGUUUGAAGGAAUGGGUCUCGGUGGUUGCAUCCUCCAGGCGGAGUAUAAGUUGUUGAAGAAGGCAGUGAUGGUGUUCUUCUUCUCUGUAACAACUCCAUUUGGGAUAGCACUGGGGAUAGCAUUGUCAAACACAUACAAAGAAAAUAGUCCAAGCUCUUUGAUCACAGUUGGACUACUAAAUGCAUCAUCGGCUGGGCUUUUGAUCUACAUGGCUCUGGUGGAUCUUCUGUCUGCUGAUUUCAUGGGUCCAAAGUUGCAAGGUAGCAUCAAGCUUCAAAUCAAAUCCUACAUUGCAGUUCUUUUAGGUGCUGGUGGAAUGUCUUUAAUGGCCAAAUGGGCUUAAUUAUUUACUAAUUCACAUCAUCAAUAAAUCUACUUUCAACUGUGUGUGUAAUAUUAUUACUGUACAAUAGUCUGUACUCUGUGUAAUAUGGUUACUGUACUGUCAUAUUUCAA